UAAAACUUAAUAUUAAGUCACCACGUAGUCUAUAGCAUCUACCUCUCCCCAAAUCACCUAUAACAGCUUUGACAAUGGCCUCCAACUAUCAGUCGAGCAGUGUAACCACUAACUUCGCCCGACUGUCUAGACUUGUCCUUGAUGUUGUUUGUGACCUUCUCAGAGAUGUGCUCGAAGCCAAAGUGCCACCCCCAGGACUUACUGCCAUUCUAGGAAGUCAAAAAGAUCAGCUUUGCAGAAAUCUUGAACAUCGUCAGCGACAGAUUCUUUAUCCCUCAGGUAGAGUGUUCUCAGGUACCCUGGAAGACUUGGACUUUACACUUCUAUAUAAACUACUAAGAAACCUCCAGAGUAUCAAUAUUCCACCACACCAGACUGGUUGGGGGAAGCCACCAGACCCAGCAGACAGGUCACUUUCAGCUAAUAUUGACCGGUUGAGAGUCCAGCGAAAUGAAUCUUAUGGACACCUGUCGACUGCAUCACUGUCUGAUUCAGACUUCAAUAAUAGGUGGUACCUCAUCCGUCAGAGCGUGUGUGAAAUUGAAAAGGACGCUUUGACAGGUGACACAUACGUAACAGCUGUGGAUGAUCUACUGACCGUGAGCAUGGACCCUGAGGCAGAGACAUAUUAUAUAGAGGAACUAGAGAAACAACACAAGGCGGACUUGGAGGUCAAGGCCAUUGUACAUGAGGUCAAAGCUAGACAGGAGGUCAUGGCAACAAACAUCAGUGAUGUUUCCACCAGGCAGGAAGUCAUGGCAACAAACAUCAGUGAUGUUUUAAACAGACAGGAAGUCAUGGCAACAACCAUCAGUGAUGUUGCCACCAGGCAGGAAGUCAUGGCAACAAACAUCAGUGAUGUUUUCACUAGGCAGGAAGUCAUGGCAACAAACAUCAGUGAUGUUUCCACCAGGCAGGAAGUCAUGGCAUCAAACACCAGUGAUGUUUCCACUAGGCAGGAAGUCAUGGCAACAAACAUCAGUGAUGUUUCGACCAGGCAGGAAGUCAUGGCAACAAACAUCAGUGAUGUUUCCAACAGACAGGAAGUCAUGUCAACAACCAUCAGUGAUGUUUCCACCAGGCAGGAAGUCAUAGCAAGGGAUAUGCAUGACUUAAAAGGUAACCUGGCUGCUAUGAAUGUCACAACAGCAAACACAAGCCAUGCCGAAAAAAUCCAUCCUGACUUAGAACCCAUGAUAGAAACAACCAAAGCCAAGAUCAAAAAAGAAAAAGAGGAGAAAAAGUUCUACCCCACCAAAGGUUUCUGUGAUGCUAAAGAAAAGCUACUAAAGAACAAGGUUGUCGUCAUCAAGGGAAACACGGGAGACGGUAAAACAGCAAUCGCCGUUCAACUCCUUCAUUGGCUGAGUCAGGAGCAAGAAGCAGGACAACCCUUACAGCUUCAUAUGAUUGAGAAAUUAGAUUUAUUGGCUCCAAACUUAAAACUGAUCACUUUUAUUGAUGAUGUUUUUGGUGAGAAAGAUGUGUGUAAAAAGGAUGUACAAGAGUGGAACAAAAGAGUCUCGGAUGUAAACACACUUUUUGUAGAUGAACGAACCCAGACCAAUUUUCUCAUCAUUACUAUUCGUAACGAAAUAUUCAAUUCUUUAGAAGAACGUUCUCUUGGAACAAUUUUAACCAUAGAUAACAUUAUUGAUCUGAGUUCACAUACAUACCAAGUUGCGGAAGAAAAAUCAUUUUUUUUAGAGCUGUAUAAGCCAGAAAAAUUUUCUUGGACAGAUAAAGAAAAAGCACGAAUUUCAACUUAUGCACCAAACAUUGGAUUCCCGCAGUGUUGCCAACUUUUCUACAAUUCUGAAGAAUUACAGAAAGAACGAGAUAGAUUUUUUGAAAAUCCUUUUCAUUUCUUGAAUGAAGCAUUGUCAAAAUUACAAGAAUGUUCUGCACUUUUGUAUCUCUUCCUUAAUGGCGGAAUGAUAAAGGUAAAAGAUCUGGAUCCAAACAAUACAAAAAUCAAAGAAAAAUGGCUGAAACAAGCAUUUUCAGUAAAGUUGAUUGGUGGUAAAUGUGACAAAGCUUCUUUGUUUCAUGAUAACAUGGGAAAAGUUGGAUAUAUAAAGGACAGUUUCAAUGAAUUAUUAGGCUUUUUGGUAAAGAAGGAGAAACAUUGGUCUGGUGAGGAUGUGUACAGAUUUAAUCAUGAUUCUAUAUAUGUUGCUGUGGCACUUUUGUAUGGACAAGUCACACUGAUUGGCUUCAUACAGAAUUGUCCCAGCAAAUCCCUAAGUUAUCUAACAACCUCAAAAACAGCUUCAAACAUGAUUGUCAUAGCAUCUGAUCAUUAUACAGAAAUGUGUGAGCGUCUACUCCGAGAGUUUGAAUGUAAGAAGUAUCUAUAUGGUACUAGUAUUGGCUCUCUGGAUGUAUGGAAUGAUCCUGUAUUUGUUAAAAGAUUUGUGAGGUUUUUGAAUGACAGAAAAGUUGACAAACUUGAUGUGUUGAAUAAAGCAUGUUAUUUUGGUGCAGGAGAAUGUGUUUUAUAUCUUCUGUCAAAAGGUGUAAAACCUGACAAGUACACAGCAUGGUGGUCAUUGAUUAGUAUACAUCGGAAUGAUAGUAGCAGACAAGUGUGUUUACUUAGGAAAAUUGUUGUAUACUUGAAUGAUAAGACAAAAGUUGAUGUGUUGAAUAAAGCAUGUUAUUCUGGUGCAGAAGAAUGUGUUUUAUAUCUUCUGUCAGGAGGCGUAAAACCUAACAAGGACACAGCAUUGUCAUUGGUUACUAGUGAACAUUGGAAUGAUAGAAACAGACAAGUGUGUUUACUUAGGAAAAUUGUUGUACAUUUGAAUGAUAAGACAAAACUUGCUGUGUUGAAUAAGGCAUGUCAUUUUGGUGCAGGAGAAUGUGUUUUAUAUCUUCUGUCAGAAGGUGUAAAACCUGAUAAGGACACAGCAUGGUGGUCAUUGAUUGACAGACAUCGGAAUGAUAGAAACAGACUAGUGUUUUUACUUAGGAAAAUUGUUUUAUGCUUGAAUGAUAAGACAAAACUUGAUGUGUUGAAUAAAGCAUGUUCUUCUGGUGCAGAAGAAUGUGUUUUAUAUCUUCUGUCAGAAGGUGUAAAACCUGACAAGGACACAGCAUUGUCAUUGGUUACUAGUGAACAUUGGAAUGAUAGUAACAGACUAGUGUGUUUACUUAGGAAAAUUGUUGUAUACUUGAAUGAUGAGACAAAACUUGAUGUAUUGAAUAAAGCAUGUUCCUCUGGUGCAGAAGAAUGUGUUUUAUAUCUUCUGUUAGAAGGUGUAAAACCUGACAAGGACACAGUAUUGUCAUUGGUUAGUAGUGAACAUUGGAAUGAUAGUAACAGACAAGUGUGUUUACUUAGGAAAAUUGUUUUAUACUUGAAUGAUGAGACACAAUUUGAUGUGUUGAAUAAAGCAUGUUCUUCUGGUGCAGAAGAAUGUGUUUUAUAUCUUCUGUCAGAAGGUGUAAAACCUGACAAGGACACAGCAUUGUCAUUGGUUAGUGGAUGUUGGAAUGAUAGUAACAGACAAGUGUGUUUACUUAGAAAAAUUGUUGUAUACUUGAAUGAUAAGACAAAACUUGCUGUUUUGAAUGAAGCAUGUUAUUCUGGUGCAGAAGAAUGUGCUUUACAUCUUCUGUGUGCGGGAGUAGAACCUGACAAGGAGACGGUGUUUAGUGUGGUGGAGGGAGGGAGUGUUAAAGUGUUACGUAAACUACUGCAGUAUGAUGUCACUCCUACAGCGAGGUAUUAUUACAAUUUCAAUGUCCUACAUACGGCAUGUGAGUCUGAGAAAGAAGAGAUGGUGACGUUGUUAUGUGACACUUACCCACACUUGGUACACGACACUGGUUGGUUAGGACGAACCCCGCUCCGUGUUGUGGCACGGAGAGGAAACUGUUUUAUGUUUCAGACAGUGGAGAGGUGUGUACUUAACUCCUUAUAUAGAGUUGAGGACCAACAACAUAAGUGUGAGUUAGUAGAUGGUCGUGUUGUUCAUAGGAACUGUGCAUGUGCUCAGUACAUGGCGCAGUUAUUGGGUAAUGACGGGGGAACGGUGUUACAUGAGAGUUUUGUGAGGGGAAACAGGGAGCUUUGUUUAUAUUUAUGUCGGUCGUACCCAGCACUAACUACAGCUGUAAGUAAUGCCGGGAGAACGGUGUUACAUUAUAGUUGUAUGAUGGGAAACAGGGAGGUUUGUUUAUAUUUAUUUCAGUCGUACCCAGCACUAACUACAGCUGUAGAUAAUGACGGGUAUCAUUGUCUACAUUACUUAGCUUUGUUAACAUCAGAUGUAGACUGGUUCACUGAGUGUGAAACUCAUGUUAAACAACACCUAGAAUCUACAGGACGUAAAUAUGACAGCACCACCAUACUUGACAAUAAAGGGGAUUCUGUUUUAGACAAAGCGAAGGAAAGGGCAAAGUUCUGGGGGACAAAAAACGACCCUUUGUUAGAUCAUCUUAUAAAAGCGGCACGACGAUUUACCCAAAAACACACAAAAACACCCAAAAGCACCCCAAAACACCUCACCUCACCGAUAGCGUUUAGCUGAAGAAAUAGUAAAUUAUUUUACCAACUGUAACGAAUGAAUGCAAUUUGUUUUAUUAUCUGCGGAAACACGGAGGUAUUUAGUGACUUGCAAAAUAUAUCGCUGCAAGUAAAGGGAGGUAAAUCGUUGAAGAAACAAGACAAUAUACACAACUAUGCAAUUACAAAUAAGUAAACUCCAUUUAAUCCUUUUGUCUGAUGUAUGAGUAUUUAAUCCUUUUGUCUGAUGUAUGAGUAUUUAAUCCUUUUGUCUGAUGUAUGAGUAUUAAAUCCUUUUGCCUGAUGUAUGAUUAUUUAAUCCUUUUGUCUGACGUAUGAGUAUUUAAUCCUUUUGUCUAUGAGUAUUUAAUCCUUUUGUCUGAUGUAUGAGUAUUUAAUCCUUUUGUCUGAUGUAUGAGUAUUUAAUCCUUUUGUCUGAUGUAUGAAUAUUUAAUCCACCAUGCAGAGCAGAGGUGAGCAAGGCAUUUUUUUCUGAUAUGUUAAUGAUAAUGAUGUUAAAAUCCCAAAACCAAAUUUUAUUAAAAAAAAAAGGGGGGG